AAAAGUGAUAUGUACCAAAUAUGGAACUAUUUUUAUGAAUAGUGUCACCAUUAUUUUGCUGCAAAAUUGUACAUUUUGCAUGCAAUUCUUGUUUUCUUGAUUUAAAUCUUUGUUUGAGUAUUUUCUUGGGGUUUUGACUUAAUCUUUGUAGUAUCCGACACGUAAAAGAUUUUUUUGUUUUUUUUUGAAAAAUUAUUUGUUGGGUAGAUAACCAAACUCAGGCGGACAAUACAAAGCUGUCUGCAAAAUCCAAGUUCACAAAAAUAGUAUUUUCUUCUUUGUUUUGUGUUGCUAAAGAAUUAUUAGUAGCCUAUAUUAUCCAUAAUAGUGUUUUGUCAGCUUCUUUAUUGCUUUGGGGAGUGGAGAAAUGAAGAAAAUUUUAAAGAAUUAGUUGGUUUGAAAAAGAUAAGGAGAGAGGAAAAUUAGUUCUGAUUUAGGUAGAAUUUCUACUUGUAAAAAGAUUCUCCUCUUUUUGUGGUUAUCAUAACUUGGAAGAAAGUGGAAAAUUGAAGAAUUUUUCAAGAAUUUAGUUAAUGUGGGGGAAUGAGCUAGGCAAGAAAACUUUAUAUGUAUGAAUAGUUUUUUGUCAAUAUAAUUUCUAAGAAGGGGUUUUGCUUCUUUUUAUAAGAAGGGGUUGUUUAAUUUCUCUCCAAAUUCUUGAAAUAGUAUUGUUGACAAUAGUAUAUAAUUCAUUGGUGGAGAUAAAUCUUGAAAAAGGGGUGAUAUUAAAGGUUUAAAGAUUCUUUCUUUAUAUACUUUUUUGAGGUGUUUAGGGUGUUUUUUUGUGUAAAGAUUUGUGGGGUUGUAGUUAUUGGUGUUUAUUUGAAAGAAAAUGGUUGGUAGUAUUGAGGUGAAAAGUGGAAAUUAUGUGUACUCAAAUGGGAAUGUACACAAUCAUAAUGGCCUAGAGGAGAAACUUGAUGAACUUAGACAAAUUCUUGGUAAGGCUAAUGGUGAUUUGUUAAGAAUUGUUUGUGUUGGUGCUGGUGCUUGGGGCAGUGUAUUUGCAGCUUUACUCCAAGAUAGUUACGGCCAAUUUCGCGAUAAGGUUCAGCUUAGGAUAUGGAGAAGGGCAGGUAGAGCUGUAGAUAGAGCGACAGCGGAACAUUUAUUUGAGGUGAUCAAUUCAAGGGAGGAUGUGUUAAGGAGGUUGAUUAGGAGAUGUGCAUAUCUCAAGUACGUCGAGGCAAGAUUAGGCGAUCGGACACUAUAUGCAGAUGAGAUUUUGAAAGAUGGUUUCUGCUUAAACAUGAUCGAUACACCACUUUGUCCAUUGAAGGUUGUGACUAACUUGCAAGAAGCUGUUUGGGAUGCUGAUGUUGUGAUUAACGGAUUGCCCUCGACUGAAACACGAGAUGUGUUUAUGGAGAUCAGCAAGUAUUGGAAGGAAAGACUAACUGUACCAAUUAUCAUUUCUUUGGCAAAGGGUAUUGAGGCUGAACUAGAUCCAGUUCCUCAUAUUAUUACUCCUACGCAGAUGAUUAAUCGGGCAACUGGAAUACCAGUAGAGAACAUCCUUUAUCUUGGUGGACCAAAUAUCGCCUCGGAGAUUUACAACAAAGAGUAUGCCAAUGCUAGGAUUUGCGGAUCAGAAAAAUGGAGAAAACCACUAGCAAAGUUCUUAAGACAACCUCAUUUUAUUGUUUGGGACAAUAGCGACCUUGUAACACACGAAGUCAUGGGAGGCUUGAAGAAUGUCUAUGCCAUUGGAGCUGGGAUGGUAGCUGCGCUAACAAAUGAAAGUGCUACGAGCAAAUCAGUAUAUUUUGCACAUUGUACAUCGGAGAUGAUAUUCAUUACAUAUUUGUUGACGGAAGAACCAGAAAGGCUUGCAGGGCCUUUGCUAGCUGAUACGUAUGUGACAUUGUUGAAAGGUCGUAAUGCUUGGUAUGGUCAAAUGAUAGCUAAGGGAGAAUUGAGCCUUGAUAUGGGUGAUAGCAUUAGCGGCAAAGGAACAAUCCAGGGAGUUUCUGCUGUUGGAGCUUUCUAUGAACUUCUAAGUCAGUCAAGCUUGAAUGUGUUACAUCCCGGAGAGAAUAAGCCGGUCGCCCCAGUUGAGCUGUGCCCCAUCUUGAAGACUUUGUACAAGAUACUCAUAAAAAGGGAACAAGGGCCAAUGGCAAUUCUUCAGGCACUGAGGGAUGAAAACUUGAAUGAUCCGCGCGAUCGGAUUGAGAUUGCGCAGAGCCAUGCUUUCUACAGGCCUUCACUUCUUGGACAACCUUGAUCAAUAGUUCAUGCAAAAAGACUUAGAAAUUAAGCAAUGAAUAAGUAUAUAGACUGGUUCAAAUUGGAUGAAGUGUUAUAUGUGGUGAAGAAAACAUAUAGUAUAUUUGAUACUCAAUUUGUGCUGAUGAAAUUACCAAUACAUGGUCCUAUUUUCUUGAUAUUCAUUUUGAAUUUGAAGCUUAUUUGUUC